AUUGGCUUUUAGUAGGAAAGCACCGCACUACAGAACACACCCCGGUUCAGCAAUGUCUGCCCACUUUAUAUCGUUUGGACCUCUUAAACUGUAAGGAUGGUGAAAAAACCGGCCAACGGUGAAGUUUAUCAACCCCCCGCGGGGGAGAAGAAACUGAAAGUCGGUUUUGUCGGACUGGACCCCGGGGCUGCGGAGACAAGCCGAGACGGGGCGCUUCUCAUCGCCGGUUCCGAGGGCACGAAACGAGGCAGCAUCCUCAGCAGACAGAGGUCCGGCAUCUCCAGAGGAAGAAUAGCUCACAAACGAAACGCGCGCUAUCGCAGACUGCAAAAUUUCCUGUAUAAUGCGCUGGAGAGACCUCGCGGCUGGGCGUUCGUCUAUCACGCUUAUGUGUUUCUGUUGGUGUUUUCCUGCCUCGUUCUGUCUGUGUUUGCGACGAUUAAAGAAUUCAAGAAAAGUUCAGAGAGUGCCUUGUACAUCCUGGAAAUAGUGACAAUCGUGGUGUUUGGUGUGGAGUAUAUUGUGCGUAUUUGGGCGGCUGGAUGUUGCUGUCGAUACAGAGGAUGGAGAGGAAGACUGAGAUUUGCGCGCAAACCCUUCAGCAUCAUCGACAUCAUGGUCCUGUUUGCCUCUGUGUCUGUGCUGGCCGCUGGCUCACAGGGAAACGUUUUUGCUACCUCAGCGAUUCGGAGUUUAAGGUUUCUUCAAAUCCUUCGGAUGUUGCGGAUGGACCGCCGUGCUGGCACAUGGAAGCUGCUGGGAUCUGUGGUCUAUGCGCACAGCAAGGAACUCAUUACAGCCUGGUAUAUUGGGUUCCUGUGUCUCAUCCUAGCAUCUUUCUUGGUGUACUCAGUGGAGAAAGAUGACAAUGCAGGGAUGUUCGAGACCUAUGCGGAUGCCCUCUGGUGGGGGCUGGUGACUCUGACAACGAUUGGCUACGGGGACAAGUAUCCUAUCACGUGGAAUGGACGCCUGAUUGCUGCCACUUUCAGUUUGAUUGGAGUGGCCUUUUUUGCCCUUCCUGCGGGUAUCCUGGGCUCGGGUUUUGCUCUAAAGGUUCAAGAGCAGCACAGGCAGAAGCAUUUUGAGAAGCGUCGUAACCCGGCUGCAGGUCUUAUUCAGGCUGCCUGGAGAUUUUACGCCACAAAUCUUACAAGAACAGACCUGAUGGCCACAUGGGAUUUUUAUGAGCAGACUGUAUCUGUCCCAAUGUACAGACUUAUCCCUCCUGUCAAUCAACUGGACAUUUUAAGAAGCCUGAAGGGAAGAUCUGCUUUCAGGAGGAACUCCCAAGUGGAAUCCGCUCCAAGUAGUGAGGUUUCACACAAAGACACCCUCUGUGGGUGCUGCCCGAGAAGCCAUAGUCGUAAGACCAGUUUAAAAGACAAAGGCUGCCCCAGCCCCUCCAAGACACCUGGGGUAAAGGACUUAAAGACCCCGAAGGCAGAAGACGGUGUCAAGAUGAGUCCAAGCAAAGUCACCAAGAGCUGGAGCUUCACAGACCGGAACCAACGAAAAUCAUCUUUGAAAGUCAAGGAUGGAGUUGGCAGGCCCACCUCUGAAGCGAUUGAGGGCUUAAUCAAGGCAAGUCUUCCAGAGGAGUUUGGGGAUGAGAGAGGUUACAACUGUGAGUUUGUGCCAGACCUUUCUCCUGGACUUAAAGUCACCAUCAGAGCAAUCUGUAUUAUGAAGUUCCUGGUGUCUAAGAGGAGAUUUAAAGAGAGCCUCAGGCCCUAUGAUGUGAUGGAUGUGAUUGAACAGUAUUCAGCAGGACACCUGGACAUGCUGUCUCGCAUCAAAAACCUUCAGUCCAGAGUGGAUCAGAUUGUGGGAAAAGGAGGUGCGGCGGGAGAGAAGGAGAAGCCCAAAGGAGAUGCGGACGUGGCUGAAGACCCCAGCAUGAUGGGACGUCUGAACAAGAUGGAAAAACAGGUGGGGGCGAUGGACCUCAAACUCAACUUUUUAGUCAGUGUGUACACCACACACAUGGGCAUCCCACGUUCUGAGACCGAAGCACUUUUGGGAUUUAAAAUCGCUUAUCCUGCGCCUCCCUACCACAGCCCGGAUGACAAGAGUGACAAAGCUCAGAACGAGAAUGAGGAGGAGAACAAAAAUAAAAGCGCGUCCCCUGUCAAUCCAGGCCCUAACGGGACCCCCACCGAAUGCCAGUGUCGGCCCUCUACCUCAUGGCAUCAACAAGAAGAACAUCCUCUCAGCGUACCUCUCUGGAACAACAGUCGAGGAGUGUCACCGAUAGGCACUGAUGACCCCUCGCUGUACCGCAUCCCACCUCCACCUUUUCACGAGAACGGGGACAACAGCCGGUCCCGUCGGCUCAGGAGACAGAGGCAGCAGGCGGCCGCCGAGAGCGACACAUCCCUCUCUAUACCCUCAGUGGACCAUGAGGAAUUAGAGCGCUCAUUUAGCGGUUUCAGCAUUUCUCAGGCCAGGGAAGAGGAUUACGUCCCUCCCGUUGCUUUGGGGAUGUUUGGGGGUGGUGGAGGGGGAGCGCUCUGCACUCGGCUCAGGCCUUUCCUGGCUGAAGGGGAGUCGGAUACAGACUCUGAUCUGUAUACACCUGGAGCCCCAUCACCGUUGUCUUUUACAGGGGAUGGGCCCUUUGGUGACAGGGUAUGGCCGGGAAUGAAGUAGAUUUUAAUGUGUGGGACUAAUAUCCUGGAUGUAGCGAAUUAAUACAGCUGUAUGAAUGCAGCCAUUUAAACCCAUUGGAGGUUUGCUACAGUCUGUAAAUGAAUCAUUUUCCAUUUGAACAUGGAUAAUGUAAAUCCCAUCUCGGGUGUGACUACUGAUUCAUUGAUUCAGUCGCAGCUUGUGGCUCCAUAAAAGAGCCUUCGGAGAACAUAAAAGUCAGAAGAUGUGUGCACUCACAAACAGGAAAAGAUUGCGUGCAUUUAGUCAAUGGCAUGGAUCUUUACUGAAAUCAAAUGAGGCACCUCUUCGUUUUAGUUUAUGUAGUCAUCACAGCUAAUGCAAUAUUAAAACGCACUUUAACUUUAUCAACGGUAAUUUUGCUUCAUUAGAUUUUUAUUUGGUUUUCAUUUUCUGUUACUAAAAUGUGUUAUGAGACUGUUAUGAAAAUGAGUAGUUAACCAGGGCAUGUGUUCAAAGUAAGCAUUUAACAAAAACUAAGUGAAAAGGCUUUUAGAGGAAAUUUAUUUAGCCAAAGAAAAAGAAGACAGAAAGCUGUGCAUGCCUUAAAGGUACAGCUGUCCUCUUAUAUUUCCUAUCUAUAGGAAUGUAAAAGGAAUUCAGUGUUUUAUACCCUAGCACUACUUUAAGAAAAACUGACCUUCAUUAUGUCCAAAGGAAAAAUAUCCAUGCUGUUGUAUGCAUUUAUUUUCUUGAAUUGGUAUCUUGUACUAUGAUAUAUUUUAUGCUUUAGUAAAGGAAGACACUGAAUAAUAAUUAGACCUAAAAUACAUUAACUGCAUGGCAUGUUUAUGGAUAAUACCUUGUGGAUGACAGCCCAAUAUAAGAUGACAUCCCAAUGAGAAAGAAAAGGUGUCGAAUGUCCGUUUAAAUGCAUUCAGAUUGUGUAAAAGAGGAAUCUUUUGUUC